GCGGGCUCCGGCCUCUGCUGCCGCGGGCGGCGACCGGGCAACCCCACGGCCGCGGCUCCUCCUCCCGGGCCAUGUGAAACGGGGUCAGGCUACUUCCGCCAGCUCGGAGCCGCGCUCGCCCCGGGGGCCAGCGGGGCUCGGGACCUGGCCUUGGAAACGGGCGCAGAGCGGCUGAGGACUCCCACGCUCAGUGCACCCAAGCGACCCAGAUCCAGCUGGUGGCUUUAAAGAGGAUGAGGAUGGCAGCACUACCCCUUGAUCCUGAAAGUAUUUGGGAGAAGAGCUGCUGAGCAUAAAAGGAUUUAUGUAUUACCAAAGCGUGCCAAGUGCUUUACAAAACACAACAGGGGCACAGGCCUUUGCUCCGUCCCUGCAUCCGGAAGCUGUAAUAUGCUUUUUUCAUCACCUGCUUCUUCAGCAAACUGUCUGGAUAACCAGCUGAAGAGAUGGCAGAGGCUGGCGAGGUCCAGCCAGGCUUUGAGGGGGUCUUCAGCAUUUUAUCUAGGAUCCCAGAAGAGAGACUCGUUAUCCUCAAACAUAAGCUGAAGCACAUGAGACCCUGCACAAGCAGCUGUAAGCUGUUGCAAGCCAUGGUCCUGCUGACUUUGGGACGAGAGGCAGAGGCAAGGAUAUGCCUGGAUGCUUUGGGUGAUGAUGAAGGAGCCCUCUGCAUCUGGAGGAGUAAAUGGGGUACUGCAGGCAGCGAGAACCCACUGACUCCCCAGCAGGAGGCAGGUGCCCUCCUGGCCCUGGCACGGAUCUACUCGCUGCUGGUAGAGGAAAAUCUCUGCACUCACCUGGCCAGGGACAAUGUCUACAAGGCUGCCAUUGUGGCCUUCAGAGCCAGCGAGGAUCCUCGGAGAGACAGACUGAGCAGCAUCUUGGCCGAGGCUCAGGAAAAGUGCGCGAUCGACUUCAGCCCCACAGAGACGGGUAAUGAAUUUAAGACACUGAGGUCUGACCCUGGGCAUUUCCUGACAGCCAGCCCGGCGCCAGUGGUGAGGAGCCCCGCAGUGCAGAUCGGGAGCAGAUCAGUUCUCUCGGGGCCACAGACUUUGCGUUCCUCUGGCAGCCCGGCCUCCUUCAUCAGCCACUUUGAGAUCAGCCAGUCCCCCACGAUGGAGUUUCACAGCUGCUCAGCUCACCAUAACCACGUCCUGCAGCCCAGCAAGCUUUGUGGGGGUGCCGCGAACUGCACCGUGCAGCCUGGCAGAGGGAGAGUCAGCCACGGCCCACAGGACGCCGGCCGGGUCAGCAGCUCCUCUGCACCCCCUCUGCAAAGCGGAGUAAGAACACACCCAUCGGAGAAUCCCCAGGCCGGUAGCUUUGUUCCCCCAUCUCUUCCAGUUCCCGAAACCCCACUUCCGCAUCUGAGUGCUGUGCACUGUCCUGUGGAAUGCACUGACCCUCCCACCAUGGUGACAGCAGAACUGCAGCAACCAGGAGAGCGCGUGGUCCAAAAGCCAGAACAAGAGUCACCUACCGAGCUCCCUAGCUUGUGUACCGCAGGGCCAGCCGCUGGUUCCAUCCGAGUGCCAGUGGAAGAUUCCUGUGUCCUAACAGAGAAAGCAGACACGGCAUCCUUCUCCUCUUCAGGGGGCCCCCCUCCUCCCCAGGCAGCAGCCACCCCCACACCAGAGCUGGACUGUGGUGAGAAAAGGUUCUUCAGUUUCGUUGUCCUGCACGCCAGCGAAGAUGUGGCCAUUGCCUGCCGGGUUAAGGAGAUGCUGGAGAGCAUGGGGGUGCCCGACGGUGCCACAUUCUGCGAGGAGUUCCUCAUCCCUGGGCAGUGCCAGCUGACUUGCUUCCAGGAUGCCAUAGACAACUCUGCCUUCACCCUCCUGCUGCUGACCCAGAACUUCCAGUCCCGCUUCUGCAUGCACCAAAUGAACACGGCCCUGAUGGAUUCCCUCCAGCGGCGGCCCAAGUACAACUCGGUCAUCCCUUUCGUGCCCAAGGAGAACCCCUCGAAGAAGUGUCCGAUCCCCACCAUUCUGGUGGGGGUGGUGCCUCUGGAUGAGAACUCCCCUGUGUUCUCCAGGAUGGUGAAGAACACCUUCCGCCUCAGGAGAAUCAGUGAGCUGAAGGCGAUGUGGAGCCAGUUACAGCACAUCCGGGAGCAGCACAGGAAACAGCAGCAAUACCAGGAACACCUCCAGAUGCUGCAACAGAACUUGGUGGGUUUGAACCUGGGGUCCCAGCCUGGCUACCUGUCCCAAAUGCCUUUGCCAGGAAUGUUGCCGUAUCCUGCAGGAAUUCAGCAACUUCUGCAGCAGCUUCUCCAACUCCAGGCAUCUUCUCUUCCCACGUUUGCCCCCCCUGCCACCUACCAGCCUCACCCAGCUAGUCAGUUCGUGCCCACCCAGUCGGCUCCCUCCCCUUCCCAGCACUUCAUCCUCCCACCAAGCCACCCAAACAUGAUGCAGGGGUCAGGAGGCCCCCAGCCCCUCAUCAUUCAGAAUGCUCAAAUGGUGCAGAUUGGGGACCACAAUCAGAUGCAGGUGGAGAGGAGCAGGCUGGUGGCUGAGAGCUCCGAUGAAGAGAGCAGCGAGAGUCACUGAUUGGAGGGGCUGGAGAAAGUAGCACUGAGUUUCAUUGCUAAAUUGUGCAGCUGCCUAAGGCAGGGGCUGUGGUCUUUGUUACUUACCUGCUUGGUGAGGACAGGUCCCCCUCCUCGCCUCCGGUGGAACAUGGAGAGUGUGGAAGGAAGUGACCGUCUUUUCUGCUGGAGGGAAGAGAAUGAGAAUGAGGAAAAGAGACUCAAAUUCCUGGGAAAAUAUUUCCCAGAACUCCUGAGGGACUCAAAGGCUUUUUAAAUAAAUUUUAGUUAAUUUA